AUGAUGUACGAACAGCAACAGCACCAGCAGCAAAUGAGAAUGGAUACCAAGAAGAAAGCUGCUCAUGAGAGGAAAAAGUCAAUGGAUGAAGAGAGGCUUGAGAUUGUGGAUUUGAGUGGGAUGUCUCUUGAUGCCCUGCCUAAUCCUUCCCUUAAUUUGGGAACUAUUUGCAAGCUUGAUCUUUCCAAUAACAAUCUUCAGAACAUACCAGAAUCCUUGACAGCAAGGUUACUAAACGUGCUAGUGCUGGACGUGCAUUCAAAUCAGCUGAAAUCUCUUCCAAACUCAAUUGGAUGUUUGUCCAAGCUUAAGGUCCUCAAUGUUUCUGGAAACCUUCUUGCAUUUCUCCCAAAAACCAUUGAAAAUUGCAGGUCAUUGGAAGAUCUGAAUGCCAACUUCAACAAGCUGAGCCAGCUCCCAGACACCAUUGGUUUUGAGCUCCACAACCUCAAGAAGCUAUCAGUGAACUCCAACAAGCUUGUCUUCCUACCACGCUCCCUCACCCACCUGUCUUCUUUGCGCGUACUAGACGCUCGUCUCAACUGCCUCAGGUCCCUCCCUGAAGAUCUUGAGAACCUUAUCAACCUUGAAAUUCUCAAUGUGAGCCAAAACUUCCAGUACCUUGAAACCCUACCAUACUCCAUUGGCCUCCUCAUGUCUCUUGUCGAAUUGGACGUCAGCUACAACAAGAUCACGGCUCUACCAGACUCCAUCGGAUGCCUCAAGAAGCUUCAGAAGCUUACUGUACAAGGCAACCCUAUGUCUUCGCCUCCUCCUGAGGUGUUUGAGCAAGGAUUGCAUUCAGUGAAGGAGUACCUUAGUGAGAAAAUGAAUGGGGGACACAAGAGCCCACCCAAGAAGAAGUCUUGGAUGGGCAAGUUGGUCAAGUACGGCACGUUCAACGGGGCUCGAAGCGUGUCCCGGGAGGAGAAAGAAGGGUUCAUCAUGCCCGAGUAUCGCUCCAUCGACGGCCUUGCUUCCCCGAGGUACAUGGGGAUGUUCUCACCACGUCGCCUCUUCUCUCCCCGUAAUUACUUCACUCGGUGA